AAUAUUUUCUUCAAUUAAUUUGAUAAAAACGAAAACUCGCAACCAUUUAGGUACAGACACUAUGGAAGGAUUAUUCUUGACCAAACAAUUAUUAAAAAACGAGCCAUGUUUCAAGCUAAAUGUUAGCAAAAAUAUGAUUAGUAAAAUGAAUAAAAGUAUGUAUCAACAAUAAGUAUGUUUUUCACUUGUUUACUAUUUUAUAAAAAGUUUAAUUAAUACAGAUUUUAUUCAGAUUUUAGCUUUUUCGUCGUAUACAGAUAUAAUACAGAUUUUCAGACUUAGCGAUUCAGAUUUCGAGCUUUAAGAUAUGGCAACACUGCGCGGCGCGAUAUUGUAUAGAGUUGGCGAAUUACAAAAGGGAAGCGCCAAACGCCAAUAAUCAAAUUAAAAAGAAAAUUAUUUACAUUGAAAUUAAAUAAUAUGGAACGCAAAUCUACGACUUUUGCUUUAGAAAGUGGUUUAGAUUUAAGGUGAGUUACUUUUGAACAUAAUUUUUUAUAUUAGAAUCCUUUUUUUCUGACAAAGUUACUUUCAUGCAGACAACUCGUUACUAGCGGAUCAGUUCUACACAUAAACGAGGAUUACGAUGAUAACAACUGUAUUGAACCUGCAAAAACAAAAGAAUCAAAAUCAUCGGUUGUCAUUGGGCAACCUGUGUCUGAUUUUCGGGAAUUGGAAAAAACUAUGACACUAUUGGACGACAAUGGCUUUGUGAAGAAGAAAAUACUUGAAGAAGGUGGUGGUCUGCCACUUUCUGACAGUAAUACUGUUUCUGUAGCAUUUUCUGGUUACUGGCAAGGCAGUUUAGAGCCUUUUGAUGUCUGCUCUAUUCAUAAACCGUUGGUAUGUUCGAUACUAACUUUUUCUAAAUGCCUAAUUAUAUUCUCUUAACAAAAGAUGUACAACAUUGUUUUCCAGGUUGUUGAUUUGAUGAACUCAGGUUUAUUACCAGGUCUUGAAAAGGCUGUUAGAUCCAUGCUUGUUGGAGAGACAUCUGUAUUUCUCUUUACCCAUGAUCUUAUGUAUGGAGAGAUGGGUGUACCACCAAGAAUAAAGCCAAAAGCUAAUUGUGUCUUUUAUGUGAAGUUACUAAAGAGCAUUCUAACACAAAAGGAUGGGACAAUUGAUUUUGCUGAGCCUAACAUGUUCCAUAGAGUGCAUCAUGAAGUUAAAAUGUUAUUUAGUUCAGGAAUGACUUUAUUUAAAACAAAAAAUCAUCCUGCAGCUAUACAAUUGUUUCGAAAAGCUGUAUUCAUGUUGCACAAAUGUAGAUUGGCAGAUGAAAAAGAAGAGAGUGUGCAAGAGAAAUUGCUUAUAAAGCUGUAUAUGAAUUUGGCUGUCUGUUAUAAUACAAUUAAACAACCACUAAAAGCUUGUACAGCAUGUAAUGAAUUAAGAAGAUUAAAUAGUUUAUGGAACAAUGGCAAAGCACUGUACCAAAAUGCUAAAGCUUUGAGAAUGAUAGGGCAGUUUGAUGCUGCAGAAAAACGAUUACGAAGGGCAAUGAAACUGUGUGACAACAAGGAAGAUAUAGAGACGGAGUUGACAUUGUUAUUGAAAAACAAGGAAUCUUGUAAUCAAUCUAGGAUCCUUGUAAAUAAUGUUAGUGAAGCUGGUUGUACUGUAAUAUCAAAAGAUUUUAAAAAUGAAGUGGAGAAAUUGAUAAUCAGUUUUAAAGAAAAUGUUGACUUGUGUCAAUUAGUAAUGCCCAGUGGACUUAAUUCUGCAGAAGUGGCUUAUAUCAAACAUGUUUGCAUAAGAGAAAAUUUAUUUUUCAAUAAAAUCAAGGCAAAUGUAAAUUUUGAGAAAGAUGAUAGCAAUAUUUCUGAUGAAAUGAAUAUAAAAGAAUCUGAUGAAAAAUAUGCAUUGGACAAGUAUGAAGCUGUUUCAACUUAUGAUGAUGAAAAUAGUUUGAAAUGGGAGAAUGAUGAUUUAAUAAUAUUUUGAUACAUCAUUUAACUUAUGAAAUUUGUUAUGUAUUUCCCUUUAAAAUAUAAAAUUUUCCAAAUAAUGUAUUAUUAAUUAAUUAAUUCAUAAUUUAUUUAUAAAUUAAUUCAUAUAAGUUUUGUUGAAUACCUCUCAAGCAUAAACAUAGUAAAAGUAAGUUUUUCAGAAAUUUAUAAUAGGUCCACCUUUA